UAUGACAGAGUUUUGAGGCGCGAGUGUUUUGUUAAAGGAAGCGAGGCGGAGCUUGUUAGUGCAGUUUUGUAAGGAGAUUGUCUGCAAGGACGCACAAAUGAAGCUAAUGAGUUCUCUCCUGUUUGGUGUCCUGCUGGCGGUGUCAGCUUUGGCGUUGAGAGGUCACUCAGGCAACCGAUACUUUUACAGCACUCGCCAACUCAUAGAAUCUAGAGAAAAACAAAAGACAAUGCUCAUGAAUACCAACGGCGGUGCUCUUAUACACAAAACCUUCCCUCUGGAGUCAGAAGAAAUCGGUCCUAGCAACUGCCAACAAUGUAGCCAGUGUAUUAACUUAGCUGUCCUAGCUAUUAACAAGACUACACAUUUGGCGCCACACACCACAAGGAAACCAUUUGAAGAAACAUUGCGCCAGGACAUGCUCGCAGGGCCAAGAAGACAUGUCAAGUCUUGGAGACGGCCGAAGCGGUUCAUUGACCCAAAGAAUAUGCCUUCAAGGUUUAAUAUAAAACUGGACAACGCCCGCGAACGCCUCCGCAACUCGAGGUCUCGUAAGGCCAUCACAGUCACUAAAUACAAGAAGAACGGUCGGGUUGUCGCCUUGAAAAUCAAAGAAAUACACCGACAAGCGGUUAAUGACCCGACCGAUUUAUAUGGUGGCAAAACUUGUAGAGUUUAUGUUGUUAAGGAUUCCUUCGAUUGCCAAGCAGCCGAUGGACCAUAUUUCCUGAAAAGUGAACAGACAGGGGAAAAAAUGCACCCGCGGUUACAAUACGAGGCUUUGCAAGACCUGGUAGACAAGAUAAACAAGCAGACUUCCAAUAUUUUAAGAAAGAGGGACGUUAAUAGUCAGUCGGACGUCAAUAGUCAGUCGGAUGUUAAUUUUUUUAAUAAUUAUUAUGAAAGGAAAUCACUAGUGAGGAAAAAUAUUUUCAAUAAUCGUAGUAUUCCUUAGUUACAAGUUUAUCGUGUAAAAAUCCUAGUUACACAAAAUAUAAAGAAGCUAUUCACGUAAAUUAUAAACAGAAAUAUCCAUAUCAGCUAUGAUACAUGCUAUCUCUAAUCUCUGAUCUAAUGCACCGCUAAACACUAACAGACAUAUCCAAAGAAGCGUUUUUAAUAUGUAGGUAAUCAGUCAUUGAUAAAAUAAUAAUGAUAAAGAAAGUGAUAUGGGGAUUAGCUUCUAUAGAGAGAAUAGAAUAGGGAUUAGUUUCUAAUUUAUUUCAAAUAAAUUGAUACCUACGUCUAAGUGUUAAUUUAAAAAUAAUUAAGAUAAGAGAUUAUCUAUACGUAGUUAUAUACUUAGCUCAAAUAUUACCGUUUCAAUCUAGACAGUUCAAAUCUUUA